CUCGAGCAUAUGCUUUGUUGAGGGUCUCUGCCAGGUGCUAGAGUGCCUUGGGAUAAAAGGCGCAGGCAUCCCCACAACCCGAUUAGUGUACGACACUUCAACCAUUCAUUAAGCUGCCAAAAAGCCCUCUUAAUGGGGCUUUUCUCUUGAGCUUUGUGCCUCGACCGAACAUGUUUAUCUCGAAGUCGAUCCUCUGCACCGUCGGCAUCAUGGCCACUGCAGUCACUGGUUACAAGCUUGCGUUCCAUAGCAGCGCAUUGGGUCAGUGUAGGGGGCAGUUUCUGGGUUCUUGGUCCGGCGGUCCCGACGCAGGAUGUCGCACGGACUAUGUGGGCGUGGCCCAAGAAGUUGUUGUCACGAACGACCGCGGCGGGGACCAUGACAAUACCGUGGUUUUCUUUAGCUCGGAUGACUGUAAUGACGCGAAUGCCAUUGUCAUGAGCCAAGGUGGCUGCAUGACGAUUGACUCCGAUGUCUCAAGCUACAGCUCCUUCAAGGUACUCGAAGAGACCACGAGAGGGACCCGAGGUAAUACCGAAAAGCUUGGGUCGCACGACGCUGAUGUAUCCCCCGCCCAUCACGGAGACGCCUUCGAGUACGAUAAUGCAAUUUUUCGUUGGCACCAACUAGCCCAGGGAGUCUGGUCCGGCGUUCUGGCUGACGAAUGGGAUGACAAUAUCCAUGUCGCGAGUAACGAUGUGUCGGAUAAUCCCGAGCCUACCCAUUUGGCGAUGUGAUUUCGAUGAUCUUUCGCCCACUUUCUUUCUAGGUGUAUGUAUGCUGGGGCUGCUGGCGUCAAGAAUCUCGGGGCCGCUCUCGUGGAUUAAGCUGCAUUUUAUGCACUAAAGUUCGGCAAAACUGUUCGGGAAUUCCCAAAUACGCCGCUUAUCGUAACAUCUGUUGGCGGGUUCUCGUGAACUACCGUCACAGUAAUCGACAACAAGUGGUCGCCUGGGGAAGAGGAGCCA